GCAGUAGCGGCGGGCGCGCAAUUCGGAGCGGCCGCUCGGGCAGCAGGAGCGAUGCGGGCGGCGUUGCGCGGCCGCUCGGGCAACCGGCCGGCCCCGGGCGGUCACACCCUCGCCGCCACCCCCAUGGAGCUCCCCUGGGCCCGCACCCGCGCCGCGCUGGGGCGGCUGGAGAAAGCGCUGACUUGCUCCCGCUGCGCCGGCGUCCUGCGGCAGCCCGUGUCCUUGGGGCGGUGCGAGCACGUCUUCUGCCUAUCUUGCAUAGGCGAUUGUGUUGGCACAGAAUGCCCAGUGUGCCACAUGCCAGCCUGGGUGCAAGAUGCGCAGAUAAACCGGCAACUCGACAACAUGAUCCAGCUUUGCAGCAAACUGCGGCAUCUACUGGGAUCAGACACCUCAGAUUCAACAGAAGAUAAGUUGACACCAACUGACUCAGGCUUUGAAAAAAAGAAUAAGAAGGAACAGAUAAAAAUGUGGUUCAGCCCAAGAAGUAGGAAGAUUCGAUGCAUCCUGAACAAGCCUCAGCCUGAGACUAAAAACAAUGACCUUUGUCAAGACACAUCGUCAAUUUAUGAUUUCUUUCCUUCCCCUCCUCAUGAAAAGCCCAAGCAGACAAAAAAGGCAACACAGAGACAGAGUAAGAAAAUGAAGAAGAAACGUUUAGCAGACAUUAACAAAGCAUGGAGCUUAGAGCAGCCUGAGCAGAAAGGGGGAGCAGGACAGAAGACUCUCAAGGAGAAGUGUGUGACCAUCUGCAGUCAACCAGUGGUCCUGUGCACUUCAGAACCAAAUAGCUCUGAAGAGACACUUCAGCAGGAGUCUGUAAAGUCCAGCAAAAAUAGAGAAAAUACGGAAAUAUCUUUCUUCUCUGACAAUGUUACCUGCGGCGAUAACAGUGAGCUUGCAUGCCCUGUGCAAGUCAGCAGGGAAAAAGAAUGUGCUACAGAGUCAUCACCGUCAAUACAAAAUGAAACUACACCUUUAAAACGCGGAAGGGAGGAAUCUAGAUUUCCAGUUUCUUCGCAGUCUAAGAGACCAAGAAGAACUGAGAGGAGCAUUAUUGGGAAGCCAGAGAGUCAGGCAGAUGGUUUAAAGGAGUCACCUCAGGGCUGCCCCAUCUCCCCAGCAGUUGAACACAAGACACCAGUUCAGAUUUCCUCUGCUGUGUCAAAACUCCCUGACACUGUAAGGAAGACAAGAAGCUCUGCAGCCUUGCAAGCAAUAAAUACUCCUUCGUUUUCAGCGUCGCCCUCUACCCCAUCUACUUCUAAGACUUGUAAUCAAGUAGGAAUACCCCACAGUCCUUCUGUAUUGAAGUCUCCUGGUGGGAACACAAUUGCCAGAAGAAAUUACAAAGGAGAGACUUUGCUUCAUGUUGCUUCCAUCAAGGGUGACUUAGCAGCUGUCGAACAGCUGCUGAAAAAUGGGGCAGAUCCCAAUGUCAAAGAUAAUGCUGGCUGGACACCACUGCAUGAGGCGUGUAAUCAUGGGCACAAAGAAGUGGUGGAGCUGUUGCUGCAAUACAAGGCGUUGGUGAAUACCACGGGGUACCAGAACGAUUCGCCGCUUCAUGAUGCUGCCAGGAAUGGGCACGUGAGCAUUGUUGAGCUGCUGCUUUUGCAUGGUGCCUCCCGUGAUGCAGUUAAUAUAUUUGGUCUGCGGCCUGUGGACUAUGCAGAAAGUGAAAAGAUGAAGUCUGUGCUAACAUUACCAGUGAAGAAUGAAUCAUUUUCACUUAACCAACCCUCUGAGGCACUGAGCCCCAGCCAGCCAAGAGAUGGACCCCUUGGAAUACUGGGAAGCAGUCUUAGUUCAGAGCAACAGAAAUUGCUGAACAAACUGGCAACAGUUCUGAAGGCUCAGAAGUGUACUGAAUUUAACAGCAGAGUAACUCAUCUCGUUAUCCCUGAUGUUCCAAUGCCAAGUACCAUCAAAUGUAUGAUGGCUGUUCUGGCUGGAUGUUGGGUCCUCAAGUUUGAAUGGGUCCAAGCCUGUCUCCAAACCACAGUUCGAGAGCAAGAAGAGAAGUAUGAAAUCCAAGGUGGCCCACGAAGAGGCCGGCUCAACAGAGAGCAGCUGCUGCCUAAGUUGUUUGAUGGAUGCUACUUCUAUUUUUUGGGAUCUUUCAGCCAUCACCAGAAGAGAGAUCUUGUGGAGCUGGUCAAAGCAGCAGGAGGACAAAUUCUGGUUAGGCAGCCAAAACCAGACAGCGACGUGACACAAACCAUCAACACAGUGGCCUACCAUGCAGAAUCUACUUCUGACCAGAGAUUUUGCACUCAGUAUGUAAUCUAUGAUGCAUCUUCUAAAUUCAAGCCGGAGAAAAUUCGUCAGGGCAAAGUCUGGAUGGCCCCUUCCAGCUGGCUGAUAGAUUGUGUGAUGUCCUUUCAGCUCCUGCCUGUAAAAUGAAUAUCAAUGUCUCAUGAGCAAGAUUUUAAAAUGUGGUGAGGCUUGAGUAGUUAGAACGCUCUGGUAAACACUGGUCUUGAGCUAUGAUUUAUGUAUUGCACUUAGGUAUACAAGACAGCUUUGACCAUUAAGUGAGUUACUAAGAUCGCUGAUAUGCUGGCAUAAAUACUUUUACAAUGGAGGAGAGAGAUAAAAUAUACUGCAUUGAAUAAUGUGCCUUGCGUUACUUAGUAUGCUUUCUUUUUGCAUUUAACUGAAGUGUAAUAAUCACUGACAUUUUGUAACUAAGGUUUUGCAAAAUGAAACCUUUUGCAUUCUUGAUUUAAACCAGCCCUUCCUAGGUGAUACAGCAUGACCCUGUUUCUUUUCUGCUUCAUAUCCAUUGACAGGGAUCUACUGUAUGUGUCAAGAUUUCCCAGCCAGGCCAGAACUUGUGUUUAAAGAAAAAAAAAACAAGAAGUCUCUAUGCAUAUAAAUAUAUAGCUAUUUGCCUGUGUAAACAUCUUGUGUCAAACAACAUGUGAUGUCUCAUUUAACUUCUUACAACUGAAUUUUGCAGGAAGUUCUUGCCAUGGGAUAAGCCUUGUAGAAAUUAGAGUAGAACGAAUGGCCUGAAUUCAUCUUAAAGCAGACAAUUUUGAAAACACUGCCUUUAAAAAUCUUCAUCUAAAAUUUCUUAUUUGUAGCAAGAGUAAUACUUCAUCCACUUCUGUCCUCUUUCACACUUGUAAAUGUGUAAUUUGAAUUGGACUCUAUAUUCUGAAGAUUUUUAAGCAUCAGGAUCCUUAUUAAAUUAUUAUAAUCAAAACUAUUUCUGUAAGUCUGGAUGGUUUCUAUCAUGGUUACAUUAAUGAAAAAAUUUAAUGAUGGCAAAAGAAUUAUGCUUCACUUUGCACAAUUGUACUUAAACUUAGCUGGCUACAUUGGAGCAAUAUUUGAUCCUUUUCUAUUUGUUACAAUAAACUUUUAAUGCUUUUCUUGUAAUUGACUGUAAGUUAUUGUCAGAAUCUUACUUCCUCACUCUGUGUGUAAUGUUUUGCAUCUUGUGUGUUUCCCUAGUUUGUGAAUUCAUAAUUUAAAAACUCUGUAUGGUAAUAAUACAUAAUGAGUGGUGGUUGUGGGAUUUUGUUUUCUUUUGUAUUCCUUGUAAUAAUAAAACCACUGGUGCCAGUAA